UCCGGAAGCAACAGGCAGAAGAGCUUCCUCCUCCGCCGAUUCUCUCCAGACCGAUUUCUUCAUAGAAUACCCGGGCACGUGGUCCCUUCCCGUCUCUUUGUCUCCAUCAACCACAGAACCCACCAAAACCAACUAAAUCGCGACCAGGAGGAAAGAAAUAGUGAAAAGAUUUAUUUACAUUGAAGCGAACUGCAACUGGACGAAGAACACAGGUUUAGCAACAUAAAUCAAGCCUAAAAGUAGCUGCUGGGAACCAAGGCAUAAAAUGGAAUUGGAAUUGGAAAGUUCAGACUCUGAUGAGGAUAUAUUGGCGAAAUAUGCCUCUGCGGAUGCAAGAACCCCAUCCUCUGUUAUUCCCAAGCGGAAGAUUGAGAAGAAACCUUUCAUUUCUGGAGUAAGAAAUGUGGUCCAGUCGCCAAUUGGGAAUGCAAUUGGUCAAACCCCAACCGGACUUUCACCAGCAAAUGUCAAAGCAUCGGAAAAGUAUGGAAGUCGAAAGAACAAAGGGGAUGUCAUUUUUCGCUACAAAUGCAAAGAUUCAGGAGCAUGGGAAGCGGAAAAGACUCGGGACAAGGCUGCUUGCGAAAUUACAAAUAUUGAACCCACGUCAAAAUGUAGUAACGACUAUAAUUUCAAGUACAUGUUUCAAAAGGUGAAGGAAAUGUCGCUAACAAUGGACAAUAUUGUUCAAACCGUAGGAACAGAAAUUUGUGACCAAUUGGAAAAAGAAGACGAAACUGCUGCUGCUGCUGAUGGUGCAAAUGAAUCCCAAACUGAGGAGCGAGUUUCCUAUUCUCGAGCAUCAUUGGACGAGAUGGCAUUUCAACAACAUCGAUACGUGGGCAGGAUCCGAAGCGACGGGAAAUUGACGUCAGAAAGUGUAUACUUUGAGGGAUCCAUGGAAGACUCGGAUGGUCAUGUGGUUACCUUGGACUUGUCGGCGUUGGAGGAGUACCACAUAUUUCCAGGACAGAUUGCAGUUGUCGAAGGGAAAACUGAAAUGGGGAAAUGUCUUCGUGUCAACAAAAUUCAUGAGCCCAGACUCAUUCGCUUCCCAAGUAUUUCCAAUAAUGGGAGAAGAGGGACGAGAGCACCGCUGGAUAUAAUAAUUGCUGUGGGUCCCUUCAAUCCAGUUGACUCGAUGAAGUUUGACCCGCUGGAAGACUUGAUUAACGUGGUGACCAGAGAUGAGCCGGACGCCUGCUUUCUUCUUGGGCCAUUUUUUGAAGCUUCGCAUCCAAAAAUUGAUGAAGUUGGCAAUGCGGGUCAUACUUUCGAUCAAAUGUUCCAACAUCAAUUGAAGCUUUUAUUGGAUAAACUUUCCACAAAAAGUACGAGAAUAAUUUUGGUUCCUAGUUAUAAAGAUGUCAACUGUCAAAUGGUGUAUCCAACACCACCAUACUCGACUCAUGGGAUUAAAGAUUCUGAGAAGAAAAUAUGGGUUCUUCCGGACCCAGGAACAGUCUCAAUUAAUGGUUUGGUUGUUAGUGUGACGUCAACUGAUAUUCUAAUGCAUUUGAGCAAGAAUGAAUUAUCCAACUCCACCGUUGGCGGAGACCGAAUGGGGCGUUUGGCUAGACACGUGCUAACUCAACGAAAUUUUUAUCCACUGUACCCCCAAGCUGGCGUCCCAUUCGAUGUUGAACAUCACGCUCAGAUUGGCCGACUUAGGGUUCGUCCCCACGUCUUAAUCCUUCCUUCCGACCUUCGUUAUUUUAUCAAAGAAGUCGACGGGUCCAUUGUAGUCAAUCCCGAACAUCUCACAAAGGGCUCGAGUGGUGGAACAUUUGCGCGGAUCCAGGUGGAUCUAUCAACCCCUCCAGAAAAUGAGCCCUUCACAUCAAUUGCAGACUUUUGUAUUGGCGAAAUUAUCAAAAUUUAAAAUUAUUAUUUGUACUGCACAAGUAAUUUAAUAUCAACAUAAUAAAGAAAUUAAGUACAUACAAAGUUA